CAGCCCACAUGGUGCGUGGAAGUGUUCCUCCACCUCCAGUCUGCUCCGCCUCUCCCGGCUCGACUGCGCCGCCGCCGCCUGGCUGACCGCGCCUCCCGUUCCGGCCGUUCGCGUUCGAUUCCCCAUCCCAUCUGGCCCUCUCGAACCCUAGAAUCCCAGUCCACGGACGAGGGCAGCCGGCGGCACCGCGGCGGGCCUGUUGCUUUCUGCUCCUCGCCGCCGAGCUGCGCUGCUGAAGCGGCCGUGUGCACGCGCACCGGGAGGCGCGGAGCCGCCAAACCGCCGCGGGCUGCUGCGCCUGCACGUCUACGACGACGUGGCCGCAGGCGAGGAGGAGACGACAGCCUAGCAGCCGAACCAACAGCAGAGAAGGUUUCAGUGUUGGACAACAGUUUUCCAUAUCCUCCAAUCGCUUGCCUGCAGUGACAGAUCCACUUUGCCCCAUUUCUUACUUGUGGACUCCAUUGUCUUUAAUGAGCACAGCUUCCCGAAUAUUUUUUGGGAAAUCAAAACCCUUCUACAUUGCAAAAAGCUCUUUCCCUGAAAACAAAUGUAUCCCACGUCUCUCCCAUUGCCAUAUUCCCCUCUUACUCUCUCGUGCAAUUGUUUCAGGUCUUUUCCUCAAGCCACCCCUUGUCCAUUCCAUCCUCCGAUCUCUCUCCUUGGGGCCUGUCCCAUCUCUAUCCCUCUCCUUCCUCUCCCUGCUCCGCCACUCUGGAUAUAUGACCCUCGAUAACUAUUCCCUCAACAUUGCUCUCUUUGCCACUGCCCGCCUCCCAUCUGUUUCUGUUGGUGGCCAGCUUCAUUCCCUUUCUGUCAAACUUGGCUUGGUUUCUGAUACAUUUGUCCUUAAUUCCCUUAUCAACAUGUACUCAUCAUGUAGCUAUCCAGCUACUGCAAGGCUAGUUCUUGAUUCUGCUCCCCAAGGAGCUUGUGAUGUGGUUUCUUGGAACACAAUAAUUUCUGGAUACCUACGAGCCGGGAUGCCUAAUAAAGCAUUGCAGGCUUUUGGUGAAAUGGCCAAGGAGCAAGUUAGGCUGGAUGAUGUCACACUGCUGAAUGCGCUCGUUGCAUCUGCCAGGACAAGCACAGUGAAGGUUGGGAGACUGUGCCAUGCUUUAGUUGUGGUGAAUGGGGUUGGAAUUAACUGUCAUAUGGGAUCCUCUCUGAUUAGUAUGUAUGCUAAGUGUGGACUGGCUGAAGAUGCCCGCAAGGUGUUUGAUGGAAUGCACGAGAGAAAUGUGGUUUGCUGGACAUCAAUGAUUUCUGGGUACACACAGUUGGGUAAGUUUAAAGAGGCCGUUGAGCUUUUUAGGGACAUGCAAAUUUCUGGAAUGAAGGCUGAUGAUGCGACAAUUGCUACUGUUGUGUCGUCAUGUGCCCAAAUGGGAGCACUUGACUUGGGAUGUUAUGUUCAUGCUUAUUGUGAUAUUCAUGGUUUAGGAAAGGAGCUUUCUGUGAAGAAUUCACUUAUUGAUAUGUACUCAAAGUGUGGGGAUAUCAAAAAGGCUUAUGAGAUAUUCAGUGGAUUGACCAAGCGCGAUGUGUUUUCUUGGACAGCAAUGAUAAUGGGCUUUGCUGUUAAUGGCCUCUGUGGCAAAGCACUAGAUUUGUUUGCUCAGAUGGAAGGAGAGGGUGAGGUUAUACCAAGUGAGAUCACUUUCUUGGGUGUCCUUACUUCUUGUAGCCAUGGAGGGUUACUGGAAGAAGGGUACCAUCACUUUCAGCGUAUGUCCACGGUCUACAAUCUUGCACCAAGGAUCGAACACUAUGGAUGCAUGGUUGAUCUAUUGGGCCGUGCAAAACUAUUGGCAGAGGCAUCACAGUUUAUUAAAGAGAUGCCUAUUGCUCCAGAUGUGGUAGUAUGGCGGUCGUUGUUGUUUGCCUGCAGAGCUUGUGGAGAGGUAGGACUUGCAGAAUAUGUAGCAGAAAGGAUCCUAGAAUUGGAGCCAAAAAAGUGUGCAGGACAUGUUUUACUUUCUAAUGUCUAUGCUACCACAUCAAGGUGGGUUGAUGUGAAUAAGUUGCGGACACCAAUGGAUGGUAUCAGGAUGAGUAAGCAGCCGGGUUGCUCUUUCAUUGAAGUGGACGGAUGUGUGCAUGAGUUCUUUGCAGGAGAUGAAUCACACCUUGAGACAGAAGCUAUAUACAAUAUUCUUUUGGGGAUCAAUGAGCUAUUAGUAGCAGAGUCCUUUGUCAUAUGAAAGUUAAGAUACUUUUGUGGCAACUAGAUAGACAGAUUUCAAAUGUACCAUGCUAUGAUUUUAUAUGAUGGAGUGGAAAAAUGCUUAUACUUUUUUAUU